AUGAGUCCGAACUUCGCGUCUCAACAUCCGAAUGAGCACGUGGUGAUUGCUUCAUUCCUUUGGGGAUGCGAUCUUCCAGAUCAACCCAGCUCCUCCCUGCAGCUCAACAAACGCGGAACAACGCCAACAUCUUCAUGCCGACCCGAACAGUUCGUGUCCGAACUGAAUUCAUACCGUGGCACACCAUUUGAAUGCCGCCAUGGAUGCGCAUGGUUUGGAGUCUUUUCACUGGAGCACCUGGCAACACGUGGCCCGUUAGUUCGUGCUUCAGGUGGCCUUGGCGUCCACGGCACAGCUCCUGUUGACCAAUAUGCCCAUCAACCCGGUGCUCUUCCGCUUAUUGCGGCUGGGGAAGCUGGCGCGGGCCAUUCGCAUGCUGCACAUGACCAGCAUUUUUCAGUCGCUUCAGCUCUUGGUGAAGUGUCUGGUGUCCUCGAGCAAUAUGCUUUUCUGGAGUUUCAUCCUCCUCGUGGUGGUUCAGAGCGUGGCCGGGCUGAUGCUGAGCACACUUUGUAUGGAUUUCAUCAUGUCUCCUGA